AUGGCGGAUAACCUACCCGAAGAUCUGAUAGUUCAAAUCCUGGAGAAGUUGCCAAUCAAGUCCCUAAUCCGCUUCACCUCCGUUUCGAAACGCUGGCGUCUCAUCAUAUUGUCCGACCCAAACAUCGCCAAAUCCCAAUUCCAGGAAACCCAGAGUCGCAGAGUCCUCCUCUGCCUACACUGCAAAGAACCUGAAUUCGAAUCCCGGGACUCGGAGACGCCGUGGUCCACCGGAGACAGUUCUACUGACAGAAAGCUCAGCUGCCCAUUCAAGCAGCCGGGCUAUAAUCUCCACUCACUCUUCUCCUGCAAUGGUUUAGUAUGUGCAGCUCUUGAUGAUCGAAACUGGACCCAUUUGGACAUUUAUAUCUGGAACCCAUCAACUCAGUUCUUCAAAAAACUACCCCCUUCUCCCUUACGAUUUGCAUUUCCACGCUGUUAUGGUUUUGGCUACUUGUCAGCCACCGGCGACUACAAAGUUCUCAUAGGCAACUGGUCAUUGAACACUGACCACCACAUCUUCUCAUUUAACACCAACAUUUGGAAAAGGAUCGAAUCCCCUUUAUGUCUCCAAAGGGACGAUCAGUGGACUCUUUCAAAUGAGGCACUUCAUUUGGUUGAUAAGGAGAUACUUGCUUUCGAUUUAACACAUGACAAGUUCCGAACAAUGCCGCUGCCUGACCCCGAACGGGGUCAGUAUAUCAGAGAGCUAGGGGAUUUUAGAGGCUGCCUGUGUGCAUUUGAUUAUAAGAAUCAACGUAUUGGCUUUAUUGAUUUGUGGGUCAUGAAAGAAUAUAACGUGGGAGAGUCCUGGACUAAGCUCUUUACCUUAAAGAUUUCCGAUCAGCCUAUGCCUGUACUUUGUUUAAGGCCGAUCAUGGUUAUGGAAACUAGUACAAUUCUGGAGAUAGGGAUUUCUAAUGAGGGUAGCCUGGGUAGGCAUUUGGAUACUGAGUUCAAGUUGAUAAAGAGUUAUCAUAAGGAAGAGAAGUUUGAAACACUCAUGGAAUGCUUCAGAAGAGGUAUGGCGAAAUGA